AUGUUGAGUCGACUGAUGAGUGGCAGCAUCAGGAAUCUGGACAGAGAAUACAACUGCACCGUUAGACUUCUGGAUGAUACGGAGUAUACCUGCACGAUUCAGCGGGAUGCCAAGGGACAGUAUCUGUUUGACCUCAUCUGUCACCAUCUGAACCUGUUGGAAAAGGACUAUUUUGGCAUCAGAUAUGUGGACCCAGACAAGCAGAGGCACUGGUUGGAGUUCACCAAGUCUAUUUCCAAGCAGAUGAAAUCCCAGCCCCCGUUUACCAUGUGUCUGAGGGUAAAAUUCUAUCCCCCGGACCCGGCUGCUCUGAAAGAGGAGAUCACCAGGUAUCUAGUCUUCCUGCAGAUCAAGAGAGAUCUGUAUCACGGCCGUCUCCUGUGUAAGACGUCAGAUGCUGCCAUGCUAGCGGCCUAUAUCCUGCAGGCUGAGAUCGGAGACUACGACCCAGGGAAGCAUCCAGAAGGCUACAGCUCCAAAUUUCAGUUCUUCCCCAAACACUCCGAGAAACUGGAGAGGAGGAUUGCAGAGAUCCAUAAGACAGAAUUGAUUGGGCAGAGUCCUGAAACGUCAGAGCGGAAUUUCCUCCAGAAAGCCCAGAUGCUGGAAACAUACGGUGUGGAUCCUCAUCCGUGCAAGGACGUGUCUGGAAACCCAGCCUUUCUCGCCUUCACCCCAUUUGGCUUUGUUGUGCUUCAGGGAAACAGGAGAGUACAUUUUCUCAAAUGGAGCGAGGUGACCAAACUGAAGUUCGAAGGAAAGACAUUCCAUAUAUAUGCAAAUCAGAAAGAGGACAAGAAGAUUAUCUUGACGUACUUUGCACCGACGCCUGAGGCAUGUAAGCACUUAUGGAAGUGUGGUGUGGAGAACCAAGCCUUCUACAAGUUGGAGAAGUCGAGUCAGGUGCGCACAGUGUCCAGCAGCAACCUGUUUUUCAAGGGCAGUCGUUUCCGCUACAGCGGACGGGUCGCUAAAGAGGUGAUGGAACAGAGUGCAAAAAUCAAACGAGAUCCACCCGAAAUACACAGAGCUGGCCUGGUGCCCAGCAGGAGCUGUCCAUCCAUCACUCAUGGUCCAAGGCUCAGCAGCGUGCCACGGACCCGCAGGAGAGCAGUCCACAUAUCCAUCAUGGAAGGCUUGGAGUCCCUGCGUGACAGCGCCCACUCCACACCUGUGCGCUCCGUUUCCCACGGCGAAUCUUUCAUACCGCGCUCCCGUAGCCAGGCAACGGACGCUAGCGAUGGGGCAGCAGUAAUUUCGGAUGAGACCUACAGCCCCUCAGACAGCGUGCUGCCCACCCCUGUGGCCGACCAUAGCUUGGAGCUCGCCGUCUCGCGCCAGAUUAACGGCGCCCCCUGCAGCAUCGAGGAGGAGAUUGAGCCGGAGGCCGGUACGCCCUCGGCGGGCGAGGCGGGAGAUUUGGGAGCGGACGGUCGAGCGUCGGGCCCCGCGGCAGGCUCGGGCGGGGCUACGGCGCUCAGCGAAGCGGAACAGGUGAAUAAGUUUGUUUUAAGUGUCCUCCGUCUGCUUCUUGUGACCAUUGGACUCCUUUUUGUUUUGCUCCUCCUCCUCAUCAUCCUCACUGAGUCCGACCUUGACGUUGCAUUCUUACGUGAUAUCCGUCAGACCCCCGAGUUUGAACAGUUCCAUUACGAAUACUUUUGUCCCCUCAGGCGAUGGUUUGCCUGCAAGCUUCGUUGGGUGGGCGGGCUGCUCAUUAACAAGUGA